GUAAAUGGUGUCAACGUCCGCGGGACUGGAAUUCGCCACCAGACGCGCAAAGAGUGGCAAACGACGCACGACGGGGUGUUCUCUACUCUUCGGUUUUCCUCGGCAGUCCAGGAGACGCGAGUAACGCGAGUAUCGGCAGCGGCGAGGGCACGGGCGAGGAGGACGACGACGCAUCGGGUAAGAAGAACCAGAAGAAGAGGGGCAUCUUUCCCAAGGUCGCGACGAACAUCCUCAGGGCGUGGCUGUUUCAACACCUAACGCAUCCGUACCCAUCGGAAGACCAGAAGAAGCAGCUGUCACAGGACACGGGGCUGACGAUCCUGCAAGUCAACAACUGGUUCAUUAACGCGAGGCGCAGAAUCGUCCAGCCAAUGAUCGACCAGAGUAAUCGAGCCGGUCCGAGCGGGGCGUACAGCCCGGACGCGACGAUGGGGUACAUGAUGGAGGGCCAGGCGGCGAGCAUGAUGCACCACCGGCCACCCGGAGACCCGACCUUCCACAACCAGUACCACUACCCGCCGGAAUAUUACGGGCAUCACUUAUAAAGCUGGAUGCACGCGUAGGCAAAUGAUCGAAACUGACCGCGCGUCGUAGCGAAGACUAAUACACCGAUGAGAGGAUGACGAGGAUUGGAGCAUAUGGACUGUCCUGGCGCGCGCAACCCGGACUACGAGACAGAGCACCGACGUGUACACGGACGAGCGGCCGGUGCGUGAAGCGUGUAACGUACGCGCGAUGGAACGGCCACACCGCGGACCGGUGGGAAGAAAUAAUCAUCGAGCCGCGAGGCAUCAACACUCGCGUGUAUACUCGGUCUGGCUUUCAUCCCUCUCGCCGAGCCCUCCCGUGCGGCCCGUCUCUGGUCGAAACCGUCGCGGCAAAAUGACUCGAGAGUACGGCUCUUCCGUCGGUACUUGCGCGCGUGGAAAAUCGAGCGCAAACGAGGCGAUGAGAGACGGCACUCGGGGGAGAGGAGCUAAACGAGUCAAAGAUAUAAGUAAUUUGGAACAAAUCAAGGCCGGUGGUGGUGGGUGACCGCGAGGUAAACAAGGAAUCGACGAGGGAAGAAAAUGAAAAAGAAGAAAAAAAAAAAAUUAAAAAAAAAAAAGUAAUUCAUGUGAUUGUUCUUUGUACAAAAUAUUUGCGGUGUAAUAUUGUAGUGAUUGAAGAUAUUAAAUGUUAAAUUUUAAUACGGAUCGCAAUUGA